GAGGGAAAAAGGAAGAAAGUUGAUGUUGUUUCUUUUAAGUGAAGCAAGAGAGAGAGAGAGAGAAAAAGAGGUGUAAGGGAGGGUCGCUUUCAAGAUGUGUGUGGGUGGUGGUGGCAUAUAAAGUAUCUAAUCUAUCAAGGCAAUCCAAUGACUGCCUCCCUGGAACUGUAACCAACUAUUCUAAUUGCUAGCUAAGUAGUAAAAAUCUUAAAAGAACUGAAUGAGAGAGAGAGUUAAAGAUAAAGAACAAAGGUUUCAACAUGGGGAAGAAAUGGUUAUGGGAGAGAGUUGAAACCUGGAGCGAGCUGAGUGAAUGAGGAGGUUUUUUUUGGGGGUUUUGGGUAGUACAAAGAAAAGCAUCAGAAGAAGCAGAAGCAGAAGCAGAAGCAGUGAUGAGAUCGCAGAGAUCUUUAAUCUCUUUUCUGACCGAACACUAUUGUUCUUAUUACUGGCAUCAUCAUUCAUAGCUGCUGCUCUUAUAGGUCAAGGCAAGAAUUGAGAGUUCAUCUCUUCCCCUAUAUGUUUACUCUUCUGUUCUGUUCUCUAACACAAUCCCCACAUCUCCCCCCUGACCAUCUUCUUUUUCCCUCUCCCUCUCUCUAGAAAAAUAUGAAAGUGGUGCAGGAGAUUUCCAAAGAAGACACAUUUUGAGAAAUUUGUUUCUGGGUUUUCUAGGUCUAGGGGGGGGUACUGCCUAUAGAACCAUUUCUAUUAGUGCAUAGUACAUAAAGAGAGGCCCAAUUACCAAAAGCUGAGCAGAGAGAGAGAGAGAGAGAGAGAGAGAUGGGUUAGGCUGCAAAUAGAGCUGAGGGGUUGUGGGUUGGUUUUCAGUUUUGGGUGGUGGCGUUCGGGUGUGAUGGAAGUGGAAAUAUUGAAUGGCAGGGCCUUUUGGGAGAGGCAGCAGCAGAAGCAGAAGCAGGUAUCAGAGUGGUGGCAGCAGUUGCACAAGCAACAAGAAGAGAUUAGCAAGUAGAAGCAAAGACAGAGCAGUAAAGAAACAACCACCACCCACUAAAGAUAAGUGCCUUCCAUUAAAAGCUGGAACAGAAAAACCACAACAAGGGCCUGAGUCUGGAUCCUCAAAGGAAUCAUCAUCACCUUCACCAUUUUCAUCAACAUCAAGACAUCAUAGCCCUAAAUUCGAGACAUGUAGGAGGAGGAGGAGAAGGAGAAGGAGAGCAAGGAGAAGGGGAUCACCACCAGCCUCAGAAACACCAUUACUACCAUCAACAGUUACCGUUUCUUCUCCAGCAAGAUCAAAACCAGCAUUUCUAUCAAAGAUUGGAUUUACAGCCAUUACAAAACCCUUUAAACCCACCAAAGAAACGAUCUUACUUCCCAUCUUCUUCUACUUAUUCAACCUUCCCGGAGCAGAGCAUCGAAUAUGCAAGAAAAAUGGGAGAGAGCCACCGCCAAGCAGCUAAAUCGUCAAGACUGGGAACAAGGAACACAGGAGGCGAGAUAGUGGAAGUUCAAGGAGGCCACAUUGUUCGCUCCACCGGAAGAAAAGACCGCCACAGCAAGGUCUGCACAGCAAAAGGCCCCAGAGAUCGCCGUGUCCGGCUUUCAGCCCACACUGCAAUCCAGUUCUAUGACGUUCAGGACCGCCUUGGCUAUGACCGGCCCAGCAAGGCCGUAGAUUGGCUAAUCAAGAAGGCCAAGGCUGCCAUAGACGAGCUCGCCGAGCUACCCGCAUGGCAUCCGACUACUGGAACAGCCACCGCCACCACUGAAACGAGCACCCAACAGGAUCAGUUAAGUGAUGAGAGAGAUUAUCACCCGGUCAUGGAAAAUCUUGCUGUUCUUGGUGGUUCUGGUAGUGGCACUACUAGAACAGUUGCAGCAGCAACUACGACAGUAGCAACAAUGGCAACUGAUGCUCAAAAUAUGGAGCAGCAGCAACAUCUAGGAGAAAAUCCCAACCAUAGCUCCAGUUUUCUGCCGCCAUCACUAGACUCGGAUGCCAUUGCAGAUACAAUCAAGUCUUUUUUCCCAAUGGGUGCAUCGGUGGAGACAUCUUCCGCAUCAAUAGAGUUUCAGAGCUAUCCACCAGAUUUGCUGUCAAGAACCAGUAGCCAGAACCAAGAUCUGCGGCUGUCGCUACAGUUUCAAGAGCCAAUUCUUUUGCAGCAGCCACCUCAUGGUCAUGCUCAAAAUGAACAGCAAGUCUUGUUUUCUGGAACUGCCCAUCAUCUCGGCUUUGAUGGGUCUUCUGCUGGGUGGUCCGAGCACCACCAGCACCGUCCAGCAGAAAUCAGCAGAUUCCAGAGAAUGGUGGCCUGGAAUGCUGGUAGUGCAGCCGAUACUGGUAGUGGUGGUGGAUUUAUCUUCAACCCAACACUGUCACAACCGGUGUUGCCGCCGCCACUGUUGCAGCCGUUUUUUGGCCAAAACCAGUUUUCUUCUCAGAGGGGACCCCUUCAGUCCAGUAACACGCCUUCAGUUCGUGCUUGGAUAGAUCCAGGAAUCACUUCCGAUCAUCAUCACCACAAUGAAAUCCCUCAAAUCCAUCAGCAACAAUCUUCGAUAUUUGGCGGGGGAUUUGCCGCCGCUAUUGGUGGAUUUUCUGGGUUCCGCAUUCCAGCACGAAUUCAGGGCGAAGAAGAGGAGCAAGACGGCAUCCAUAACAAGCUAUCUUCUGCUUCCUCUGAUUCUCGCCAUUGAUUGAGCGAAAAAACCAAAAAUCUCAUCUUUAAUAGGUCUGCUACAAUUGCAAUAUAGAGCGAGGAACAUGGAUUCAAGACCAGUUUGGAGGAGAGAUUUUUGGUCCGUAUGAAAAGUUUCAAUGGCAAAAACCAGGGAAUAGAAAGAUCUGAGUGGAAUUUUCAGGCUUUUUGAUUCCGGGUUUGUUCUAGCAUUCUAUGCUAUUAUCCAUUUCUAGUGUUUGUUUCAUUUUCAAGUUUGAGUUUACUUUCAAAGCUCAACUUUUGUUUGAUCUGUGUGAUGGAUUGGUUGUAUUGUAUGUGUUUAUGUUGCUAAUAGUGUUGUGUAUUUGAUGGAUGCUUUAUUGUUUUCCAUUCCAUUUCUAGAGUGAACUGAUAGAAGCAGAACUGCUUUGCUUUAAUGAAAGAUAGUCCUAUAUUUCCCUUA